GUAUGAGCAGUCAUGGACAGGAGUCUGUUUGUGCUGCUUCUGCUGUCAGGGCUCUUCUGGAGCAGUUCUGCUCUUUCUCGUCCGUACCACUAUAUAAAUGAGAGAAUGUCGUGGCCAGAGGCUCAGAGUUACUGCAGAGAGAGAUUCACUGAUCUGGCUACUGUAGACAGCAUGGAUGAUGUGAACAGGCUGGUGAAUAUAGUGGAUGCUGGAUACAGUGGAUCAGUGUGGAUUGGACUGAAGAGGGGGACACAGAAACGCUGGGGUUGGUCUAACGGUGAAAACACAACUUCUCAGUACUAUAACUGGGCUUCAGGACAGCCAAAUGAGGAUGGAGAUUGUGUAGCUACUUAUGCCGGUGUUUGGCAUGACAUGUUAUGUAGCUAUAAGCGAUAUUUUUGUGCUACGGUGAGUUCCCUGUUCUUUUAAAUUCAUAAUUGUUCCGUUUAACUCAAAAAGAAGAGCAAGGAGUUGAUGCCUUCUUUGUGUCCCUCAAUAGAAAAUGAUGCAUACUUCAUGGUACUAACUGCUAAAAUCUGGACCGACGCUCGGAGCUACUGCAGACAGCAUUACACAGACCUGCCCACCAUCCACAACUCUAAGGAAAAUAACCAGAUAAAUAAGAUUCUUUUAUCUGGAUAUUACAUCUGGAUUGGUUUGUUCCUGGACUCUUGGGAAUGGUCUGAUCAGUGGGAUCUGAGAUUCAAACACUGGGCAGCAAGCCAGCCAUCCAUGAGUUCUGGUGACUGUGCUGGCAUGUCAACAACAGAUUCUGGGAAAUGGUUUCAACAGAGCUGUGAUCUACAGCAGCCUUUUGUCUGCUAUGGAGAUGACAAGAGAAAACAAAUUGUGAGAUUGAAAGUGACCUGUAAUGGAAAAUGCACAUUGAAUGAUCCUUCACUACAGACGGCUAUUCUGGAUGAGGUUUGUAUCUGCCUUAAACAGUAUUUAGUAUAAAAUUCUGGUGCAACAACACAGUUUGCCAUGUAUAUGCACUCGAUGAAAUUGCUGAAGAAGAAUGUAUUAAAUUACCUUA